GCUGACAGAUUCGCGGCGGCGGCGGCGGCGGCGGCAGCCCGGGACUGUGGGGAAUGGGAGUCCUAGGGCCCUGACUGAACACCGCCCCCGCCUCCCUGCCCCCGACAUGGCUCAGGAGAAGAUGGAGCUAGACCUGGAGCUGCCUCCGGGAACGGGCGGGAGCCCGUCGGAGGGUGGCGGCACCGGAGGCGGCGGGGGCCUCAGGAGGUCUAACAGCGCCCCCCUGAUCCACGGCCUCAGUGACACUUCGCCGGUGUUCCAGGCCGAGGCUCCGAGCGCGAGGCGGAACAGCACAACGUUCCCGAGUCGCCACGGCCUGCUGCUGCCGGCCUCCCCUGUCCGCAUGCACAGCAGCCGCUUGCACCAGAUCAAACAGGAGGAGGGCAUGGACUUGAUCAACCGAGAGACGGUCCACGAGCGCGAGGUGCAGACCGCAAUGCAGAUAAGCCACUCCUGGGAGGAAAGUUUCAGCCUGAGUGACAAUGAUGUGGAGAAAUCCGCCUCCCCAAAGCGCAUCGAUUUCAUUCCAGUGUCACCAGCACCGUCACCCACCCGGGGAAUUGGGAAGCAGUGUUUUUCACCAUCCUUGCAAAGUUUUGUGAGUAGCAAUGGAUUGCCUCCAAGCCCUAUCCCCAGCCCGACGACCCGAUUUACUACUCGGAGAAGCCAGAGUCCCAUCAAUUGCAUCAGACCAAGUGUUCUUGGACCAUUGAAAAGAAAAUGUGAAAUGGAAACUGAUUAUCAGCCAAAGAGAUUUUUCCAGGGCAUCACCAACAUGCUUUCUUCUGACGUUACACAGCUGUCAGAUCCCGGUGUGUGUGUAUCUUCGGAUACCCUUGAUGGAAACAGCAGCAGUGCCGGAUCUUCUUGUAACUCACCAGCGAAAGUCAGCACUACCACCGACUCUCCUGUAUCACCUGCCCAGGCGGUCUCCCCAUUUAUUCCAGUAGAUGAACUUUCAUCUAAGUGAUUCACCCAUUUUGAAGCUUUGUUUUUUCGCAAUGGAGAGAAAGAAAAAUGGAGUUGGAGCAAGCACUGAACUUUUCGAUUAAUUUGAGGCUAUUUCUUAUUUGACCCUUUUCCUUUUUGGAAUCUCCUGAAAUGUUGUUAUUCUAGAGAACUUCUAUGUCAGGUUCCUGCCCUUGAAUUCAGUGUAGUAAUAUUUUCAGACGUUUUCCCAAUAAGUGUGUUGAAGCAUACAUCUUUACGCUGCUAAUAUGUCUAAAUACAUGUUAUCCCUUGAUUUUUUUUUAAAUAAUUGAGAGCUCUAUUUAUUUAUGGGGUUAUUAAGUUCUGAUGAAAAUACAAAUGUUGAAUUAAUCAGCAUAGUAAACUGAUGUUUUAAAAUUCCAUACUUCAUGACCACACUAAUUUUAAUGUUAUUUUCAGUGAUUGCUAAUUUUCAUUUGAUGAACAAUCAUUUACCUACUUACAGCUUUUUAAAAAAUAUGUUAGUGAUAAAUAUCAAUCCAGUGGUUGUCUGUUUCACCGAGGAAUCAUUGAGUAUUUAAUUUUCUGGGUACAGAAGUGGAUGGGAGGGGAAUGAUAAAAGAACAAAUUUUAAAAGUUUGCAACAAAUCUUUUGAAAUUAAGCAUAUAAAAGUAAAUAUUUAAGUAAAGUGUUUUCUAAUGAAAUUUUAAUAGUAAUUUUAGUAAGUCAUACAAAUAUAACUACAGAAAAUGUAAAUUUUCUUUUUUCUUUUUUUUUUUUAACUAGAUAGUUCAUUCUCUUGGGUAUAAUCCCAAAGUGAAAUGGGACAGUGCCUUGCAGUCUUAGCCUACUGUAGAUAGGCUGAGGCUAGGCUGUUGUACUACUGCAAACUUAAAAGUUUUUCAAAUGUAGAAAAUGUGUGGGAAGCCCUGUUGAACCUCAGCAGAGCACCUAGGCAGACAAUAAUCUCUCAAUCGUUGAUAUAUUUUAAAGUAUCCAGUCAUGCCUCAGUUUUGAAGAUUCUUGCCAAUGAGAAGCCAGAGCAAUUUUUGGCUGCCUUUCUGUUCUGCCCAUCUGUCACCUUCCUGGUUUUCCCUUGCUCUGGAAGGAAGCAGCUGUUUCCUUGCCAACAGGUCCUUCCUCUCCACCUCCCACCAAACUAGGGCACUGUCGGUUAGACAAAGGUACAGUGUGACUUGGAUUUCUGACAGUGAGCAACAACAGGACUGAAUUAUUUAACCUUUGUGGUUAAAGCUACAGCUGGAGUUGACUGCCUUGGGGAUGUUGGUUAUUUAAGGGUCGAUGAUUUGCAAGAGAAAAUCAGUGGAGAGUCACAUAGGUAAAUCAUUAUUUAACUUAGGUUUUGCUAAAGGUAGAAUUGUAGAAUGUUCUUUGCCUUUUACAAUUAAGACAAAAUACUUAAUAAGAACAGCAAAUGUUUUUUAUAUUAUACUUCCUUAUAAUACCUCGUAUAUCUUCAUUAACUAAAUAGAUAGAUAGAUAGAAUGGCAGACAAAAAGGGGAAGGGAAAAGAAAGACUCAAAGACCAGGACGAAAGCCCUGACUUAUUUUUUUAAGUUACUGCCUACAGAUACUUUAACAAUUAUGUGGAAUUUUUACAACUAUGAGAAUAAAUGGAACCAGUCAACUCUU